AUGGAGGAGAUCGACGCGGAGGAGAGCGAGGAGGCGCGGCUGAGGGCGGAGCGAAGGGAGAGCGAGAAGGAGCGGGAGGAUGAGCGAAGGGCCAAUCGUGUGGCGGUGCGGGACGCCACCGGCGCGUCCUCGGCGACUGGUCGAAGGAAAACCUCCGUGGCGAGGGUGACCAUCCGCCCGGGCGACGGCGCCGUCACCAUCAACGACAGGCCGUUCGACGCGCACAUCCCCGACAUCAACCACCGCGCGAUGAUGAUCCGGCCGUUCCUCGUCACCGACACGAUGGGUCUGUUCGACGUGCACGCGUCGGUGCGAGGCGGGGGAUUGUCGGGGCAGGCGCAGGCUAUCCGGCACGGCUUGGCGCGAGCGCUGGAGCUGUACGAACCCGACUUCAGGCCCGCGCUCAAGAAGGAGGGCAUGCUGACGAGAGAUCCGAGGAAGGUGGAGAGGAAAAAGCCCGGUCGGAAGAAGGCGAGGAAGGCUUUCCAGUGGGUGAAACGAUGA